UUCCGCAAGAUCUCUCAGAAGGCCGAUGCAUACAGCUUUGGUGUCCUCCUGCUGGAGCUGCUCACCGGAAAGUCGCCUGAGGAGGGCGCCAACCUCCCUCAAUUGGUGCAAGCAGCGCUUCGGGAGGAAUGGUCGACCGAUGUUCUUGAUCUGGAGUUGCUUAGGCAACAGAACGUGGAAGAGAUGGUUCAGCUAUUGCAGAUUGCUGUAAACUGUACUGUUCAGUGUCCGGAUAGCCGGCCAUCGAUGCCGGAGGUGGUGGCGCGGAUUGAAGCGAUCAGUUCUUCAAGUAGAGAUGCUGUAGAAGUCCAAGCACAGUAGCAGCAGCAGGAGGAGGAGGAUGAGGUUGUGCUACAGAGCAUUGAAAAGUCUAUGGUGCAGAAUCUUGAAUCUUGUUAAUGGAAGAUAUUAGUUAGCUGGAAUUGGAUUCUCUACAGUUACUAUGAUAAUUGAAAGGUAAAGUUUUCCAAUACCAAUUGGAUUCUCUACAGUUACUAUGAUGAUUGAAUGAUUAAGAUCUGAAGCCCUUGGAAGUUCAAAUCACUCGCACACUCUUUUCUAAAAAAAAAAUCACAAAGGUUAAAAACCAGUCAAUUUCAAUUUGACAAUGAAGU